AUGCCAAAGACUGCGCUUCAUCAAACAUGCUUGAUUCAAGGUCCUGCAAAUUGGUCCUCCUUCAUGAAGAAACAGCAAGCCCUCUUGAUUCUCAGUUGUGGACAAGCCUGGUGGGGUGCACUGCUAUCAGGGUUUGAAAAGGCCCCUGCAUGGUGCCGUUGGAAGGAGCACCGAAUGCAGCCCCACCUUAGCUGUUUGAAACUGUGCAAGAGGGACAUUAAAGCAGCAUUGCCUGUUGGGAACCAGAGCAAUAAUAGGUACCAAGUAAUCUUGACCCCGGGCACUGUGGCCACCUCUACCAUCGUUUUUAGAUCCUCUGUGGAAACAGAGUUUAAUAUAGCGUGCUGA